AUUGCAGAUUUUACAACACCGUAAUUUAGCAUGAGCAUGCGCACUAAAUGUUUCCUGUUUACAUUCGUUACAGAAAGUUGCAAUCAUAAAUUUCAUCAAUAAAGUGAUAUCUUGGGCUGCACAGAACAGGUCAGUUCCUUUGUGUCUCAGUGUUGAGUUUUUCCUGAUAGCAAGGACUACCUAUAUCUACCGGUAAUUAAAAUGGCAUUACCAACCAUCCCACAUUACUGGACCACAAGAAAAAAUGUAUAUGAACAGAAUAUUGUUCGGAGGCGCAACAAUGACACAGACUUCAGAGACAAGUGGGCCAGCACUUCAAAAAACUUCCUGAAGAAUGAUGUGGAGAUGACAAAGCAGCGGGCAUGGGAAUCUGACGAUUCAUUGAAAGAAAGCAUUGCAGCAUAUAGAAAAGGUAAAGAUGAAGAAGAAAAGAAGCAACAGCUGAUUAGGAGACGUCUUAAACUUGCACAGAUGCUUAAAGAAGAGCGAAAUGAAUUUGAGGCAGAACUGAAAGGUUUUUCCAAAGAUAAUUUUGCACGCCUGGAUGACAUGAAAGAAAGAGCAACCUCAUUACGCAGUGCAAGAGAAGAGACACGCAAACAUGUUGCUCAAGAGAAGUUAUAUGAACACUGGAGACAAAAUAAUCCAGAUAUACGAAAAAUAGAGUCAGAGCAACUGAAGGAUUAUAUUAUUGGCCAGUGGCCUGGGCAGCUGGCAGACAAACAGGAGAGAUUGGACUAUGCGAGAAAAGAACAGGAGGAAAUUGAGAAGCAAAUGGAGGAAGAACGUCUGGCUGGCAUUGCAAGAGACCGCCAAAAAAUGGAGGAAAAAGUGGAAGAGGAGAAGAAAUUAAAGGAAAUGUUGAAAGAGCAGAUGCUUGAGCUGAGGGCUCGGGAUGCAGAGGCGGAGUUGUUGAGGAAGGAGGAGGAGGAGUUGGAGAGGCAGCAGUGGGAGCUGGAGGGCCUGGAGGAACAGAGGAAGCAAAUGGAGCUGGCACGCAAGAAACAGGACUUUGGGCGGGUUCUCCUUCGACAGCAUAUUGCCCAGAUGAGAAGACAUUCAAAACAAGUACAGGAGGAACUUGAGUUGGAUCGCAAGAUCUUGGAGGCGCUGGUGGAGAAGGAGGAGGAGUUGAAGCAGGUCCACACAGCUCGCAGGGAGAAAGCCAAGGCAGAUGCCUCAUGGAUGAAGAAGGUUGUGGAAGAACAGAUUAAAGUUGAGAAAGCCAGGGAAGCUGAAUUAGAUCUUCUAUACCAAGAUGAGGCUGCCAGAAUGUGGCAGAAGAGGGAAUCAGAGUGGGAGAAGGAGAGACGAGCCCGGGAACGACUCAUGAAAGAGGUGCUGGAAGGACGCAGUGAGCAAAUUGAAGAUCGUCGCGAGGAAAUCAAAGCCCGGCAGGAAGAAUCACUGAAACAUCGCGAGCAGUUGGUACGGGAACUGGAGAUAGCCAAUCAACUCACUCGGAGGGACUUCCAGAAAAAAGAGGCAGAUAAAGAGCAGCUCAAACUUGAUCUAAAACAACAGUUAACAAGUCGUAAGGUGCAGGAAGAGGAGUCCAAACUGCGAGAACUUCGAGAGCUGGAACGAGAACGAGUUGAGGAGGAAGAGUAUGAAGGCUUCUUGCGUCAGGAGACGGAGAGACUCAAGUUGAAGGGAUUCACACCUCGGCAUCAUGGAAGACAAGCGUGGAUGUAAGGUGAAACGUUUCUACUCAACUGAAAAAUGGUUACACUCAACUUUACACAUUUGGAAGCAACUGGACUACCGGUUUUCUGUGUUCAGCUCACAUUAAAGAUUUAACUUAGGAUUUCUAAGCCAUAACUGUAACUUGAACUUGUUUAAAUGUUCAAUCUUAACAGAGUGUAGAACAAAUCAGUGAAGCCCCCUAUUUGUCCAAGCCAAUAACAGUUUCUACACAAUAUACUGCUUUAUCCUGUUUUCAUUUUUGUGCAUGCACAGACUGGUCUGGAGCUGCCCUGUCUGCAUAUGGAAUAAGGCCCAUUUUUACAUGAUGCUGGUAAUAUCUUCUAGGUAAAAUACAAUUAUGUUUUGUUUCAUUUUAUAUUAUUUUAUUAAUUUUAACCAAAAUGACAAUCUUAUUGUAUCAUAUGUCUUCUUGUCAGCUCUGGCAACGCGUUUUCUCUAUUCUUGGAAACUAAUUGAUUGAAUUAAAUGUAAAUAAUGUU